AAGGAGUACCAUCUUUAGAAAAUUUGGGAAACCCUGUCUCAGGUUACGCUGCAAAUUCUCACUCCGAAGCUAUCAGGUGCUGAUCGCAAUUUAUAAACGUCCGGUGCAUGUGCUUAAAAGAAGAUAAGACAAAUUGACUUGCAUUUUAUUGUCUGAGCUCACAAACUUCGUUGUGAUGUCGUCACAGGAUAGGAAGCUGUGUGCACACCCGUUCCUCGAGAUCUACAGUAACGAUGUGAUCCACUUCAUGGCUCCGUUGGCUCGGCAAGGAGAUUUCUACGUUCCGGAAGCCCGUCUAGCGGAAAGGAGGCUUCCGGAACAAGAAGAAUUGGACUCUGAUUCGGAAUUUUCAGGUGCAGACUCAAACAGCGAAUGCAGCUCAGGGACUGGGAUUUUCCUGUCAGACAGCCGAGAGACGUCACUGGUGGCGUCCUCGACCCGGUCCGAGUCCAUCCGGGACAGCGGGUACGCAAAUCACAUAGGGGGAUCGUCCAGGGACCGCUCGCUCGUGGAGACGGACUGGGAACGGAAUAACCAAGAACGGGAGCAUUUUAAGAAAGGCUCGAGCCAGGUGAGCCUUGACCCCAUCCCGCAGUUGUUGGGUGCUGUUGGUGGCGAGGAGUGAAGUUUGACCCGAGCAGAUUUCAAGACUUAGACAGUCGAACCACUGUUGUGUCAAAGGUUGCUCUGCAAAAACAAAACUAAGAAAAAAAAAUGUUCUCAGGCUGUGCGAAACUUUUUCUCUGUGAUUCAAAGUCACAAGCCCACUCUUCUCCUGGAGGCAUGAAUCUUAAAUACACAUGUUCAUGUGUGAAUGUCAUUUUUUUUCACCAUUUAUUAUAUUACGAUAUAAUUGUGGCUGAUUGUCACCCUAAUGACUGGAUAAUAUACUCUUCAUCCUUGCAGCAAGGAUUCCUGCUGAGAGAUUUUCCCGCUUUUUUUUUCUUUUUCAAGAAGUGCUGCUCUUUGUUGAGCAAAAGAAUUUUGACUUGAAUGGUUUCCACUUUGUGCCUCUCAAGCUCAUUUCUAAAUCAGAUUAUUAUUGCGCUAAGGAAUUUAUAGACGUGCCCAAAUCUGAGGGGCCAUUAGUUGGUUGUGGCUUCUUCAGUUUUCAUUCGUUCUCGUGUUUUCUUCUUUUCGUGGGAACAUUAGCGGGAUCAGAGGUCAUUGACGUCGGACCCGAGAGAGAGGCCUGCCUGUCUUAUGAUAUCUGUUGUAGGUCAUCCCUGAGGUGUUUUUUGGUGGGGAUUUUCCACUUCAAACUCAUGCACAAAUGCCUUUAUUGAUGCUGGUGCACAAAAAAAAAAAAAAAAACUUUUUCAAGUUGUUGACGUACACGUCAAGCGUACACGUGUCCAAAAGAUAUUGAUAGUAUCAAGAAUCAAGAUUCAGGGGCAACUGAGUGAUCCAGUCCUAGUGUCAACUUAUGUUCAAAUAUUCGUUGUGUUACACAUUCAGUCAUUUCUGAUGGCCGCUGAUCAUUUUAACACACGCACCCGCAAGUGCUUGUACUGUUUUUAGUUCUCUUAAAGGUUCCAAUAAAUGUAUUUUUUGAAAAAGA